AAUUCUAAAAUGUACUCAAUAAGUAGGGUUCCAACUGCCUAACACUCCUUGCCAGUCUUGGUAACCCUAAGCAUCAGCUGAUGAUACGAUCGCUCUCUUGAUUUUCUGUUGUUAUUUAAUUGAUAAACUUUCUGCGGGGGGCGCCUCUCCAGAUAACCCCCACGUCUAAAUUAAUAAACAUUGCGCAAUGGUUCAACUAACCCGAAUCCUUAGGAUGGCUUGCGGAAACCAGAAUGCCGCCAACUUCUUGAACGAAGGCAAAAAAAUUGUGGGAGUGGCUCUAAAUUACAUGGACGUUGUGAAGGCCAGGAACGUACCGGUGCCCAGCGAACCGCUCGUCUUCCUAAAACCCACCUCAUCGUAUCUUCAGGAGGGUCAGCCCAUAGUCUUACCCAAAGUCUUCACUAAGGUGGCCUACGAAGUGGAGCUGGGCGUGGUGAUUGGAAAGCACUGCAAGAACGUCUCGAAGGCAGACGCAAUGAGUUAUGUAGCAGGCUACUGCCUGGCUUUGGAUCUGACGGCUCAGUGCAAUUUGGGGGCAGCUCGCGCGGCUGGUCAUCCGUGGACCCUGGGCAAAGGGUUCGACACCUCCACGCCCGUCUCCAGCUUCAUACCCUCCGACCAAGUCAAGGAUCCACACAACCUGCCGCUUUGGCUCACCGUCAAUGGAGUCGUGAAGCAAAAGGGAUGCACCGCGGACUUGAUAUUUAAGGUUCCCGAUAUCAUUUCAUACGUGUCCAAGUACAUGACAUUGGAGCCCAAUGAUCUGAUCCUCACCGGAACUCCAAAUGGCUCGGAUGUAUUCAAGUCUGGAGAUGUGAUCGAAUGCGGAAUGGCGGAACUAGCCAAAUUGACUUUUCAAGUGUGCGGAGAAUAAAUAAAAAAAAAACGCAAAACUAUUACGCUGGUCCAGCUUUA